UAGUGGUCAUAAUCGAGUUUUUUUUGUUUUGUUUUUUUCUUAGCCACACGUUUCAGGGAGGCCUCACAUUUAGAGAACUAAGCAGUUAUCUGUGUUAUCAGCACCAAACAGCGACUACACUCCCAGAACUGCAGGCUGUUAUGUCAUCCCUUGAAGGUAAGAUGAAUUUGGAGGAGUACUUCCAAAGAAUUGGCUUCCAUGGCCCUUUUGAUAAAAUGGAUCUUGCAACUUUGAAGUCCAUCCACAAGCUGCAUGUCAUGUCGAUCCCUUUUGAAAACCUCAGUAUUCACUGUGGAGAGUGGAUCACCAUGGACCUGGAGACUAUUUUCAAUAAGGUGGUGAGGAGCAGCCGUGGAGGCUGGUGCCUUGAGAACAACUACCUGUUUGGAUGGGUGCUGAGAGAAAUGGGCUUCAAUGCCACAACAUUGAGCUCCAGAGCUUUCAAUAGGAUCAUUGAUGACUUUGGUGCUCUUGAUUCUCACCUGAUUCACAAGGUUAUCAUUGAUGGGAAGGCUUAUAUAGCUGAUGUAAGCUUUGGAGUCUCGUCUCAGAUCUGGGAGCCGCUGGAGCUCAUCUCUGGAAAGGACCAACCACAGGCAGCAGGCGUGUUUCGUCUCAUCGAUAAGGGGGACAUCUGGAUCCUGGAGAAGACAGGCAGGAAACCAAAGGUCCUCAAUCCAGAAUUUGCCAAAUCCAGCCUGGUGAACAGGAAGGAGACGAAGCCAAUCUACUGCUUCACCUUGGAACCUCGACAGGUUGAUCAUUUCAUUGAGAAAAGUCAGAGAAUCCAGAGAGAUCCAGCCUCCCUCUUCACCAACAAGUCCAUCUGCUCCCUGCAAACACCGACAGGAUUCAAAGCUCUGAUUGGCUGGAUCUACAGUGAGGUCACCUACAAACCUGAGGAAGGGGUGGACGUGUUGGAUAUGAGAAACAUAACAGAGGAUGAGCUUGAUCAAAUCCUGAUGGAACAGUUUAAUAUAAAGCUGCAGAACAAAUUAAAACCUGUGUGCAACAAAACAUUUUACACCCUUUGAAAAGCCUCCAAAAGAGUUUGGAAACCAUUAACCCAACAGUUUUACAUAGCAUUAUCAUAUAUAUUAGUAUAUAUUAGUUGAAAAAAGUUUAAAUGUGCUUUAUAGAUGUAGCAUAUUGAUGUACUGUACCUAACUCCACUUUGAAGAAAUGCAAAACUACUGAUAUUAAUGAAAGGUCAACUGUGUGUGUUAUACCAAUAAAAUAAGAAGAGUAAUUGUUAAGUAAUCAAAUCUUUCAUAAUCUUCAAGUUAAACUUUUAAAAUUCAAAGUGCAAUUAUUUCUGACAUAUUUAUAGUGAUAUAUUAAUUAAUUUUACAGAUUUAUUCCUUUCUUUGUUGUAAACUGGACUAACAUUUUAAGUAUUCAAUGCUUUCUGAGAGUUUAGGAUUUUCAUGCUCAGAUUUUGAGGCCUGUUCAGUUUGCAUAUUUCAUAUUUUUGAAGACUACUGAAACCUGCACACUACUGAUGAUUGUGCCAGAAAGAGUUCUAUUGUGAGCUUGCACAUAUAGCUUUGUGUAACAAGUGAUUGCCCAAAUCCUCCUGACUAUCCAGAUGGAAAGUUCUCAAUCUUUUUUUGGACGCACACUGUCAAUAUUUAAUCUAGAAUAAAUACUAGAAAGGGCAAUUUGUACUUAAACUGCGAUGUUUAGCUCACUGCUUCCUUUGUAUGUGCAACUCCUCUUUAAAUCAUUUUACAGUAAAGUUUCAUUUCA